UGUACAUGUACUCGGGUAGCGCGACCCGACCGGGCCCGGCCCAGAGGAGCGGAGCGCGCGCCCGCAUCGCCUGCCCCUGAGGCCAGGCACGAGGGAGAGGGAGGCCGAGCGUCGAGAGGGGGGAGCGAGCCCCCAGACGAGCCAUGGCGCGGGCGGACGACCACCGCACCGUGACCAUGCGCUCCUCCCCGCUUCCGCCUCCGCGCUGCGUCGUCGUCGUCCUCCUCCUCCUGCUGCCGCUGCCGCUGCCGCUGCUCUCGCUCCUCUCAGCCAUCAAUGUUGCGUCGGCGGCGACAGCGGCGGCGCCACUCAAGUUCGGCAUCAACUACGGGCAGAUCGCGAACAACCUCCCGCACCCGGCGCAGGUGUCGGGCCUGCUGCAGUCGCUGAACGUGAACCGCGUGAAGCUCUACGACGCCGACCCGGCCGUGCUCACGGCGUUCGCCGGCACGGGCGUGGAGUUCAUCGUCGGCAACGAGGACCUCUUCAACCUGACGGACGCGCGCAAGGCCCGGGCCUGGGUGGCGCAGCACGUGCAGCCGUUCCUUCCCGGCACGCGCAUCACCUGCAUCACCGUCGGGAACGAGGUGCUCUCCGGCAAGGACACGGCCGCCAUGCAGAGCCUGCUCCCGGCGAUGCAGGCCGUGUACCAGGCGGUGGUGGCGCUGGGCCUCGCCGGGCAGGUGAACGUCUCGACGGCGCACUCGGUGAACAUCCUCGCCAGCAGCUACCCGCCGUCGUCGGGCGCGUUCCGGGAGGAGCUCGCGGAGUACAUCCAGCCGAUCCUCAACUUCCACGCCGAGGUCGGCUCGCCGUUCCUCAUCAACGCGUACCCGUUCUUCGCCUACAAGGCGAGCCCCGGGACCGUGUCGCUGCCGUACGUGCUGUUCGAGCCCAACGCCGGCGUGGUGGACCCCAACACCAACCUCACCUACGACAACAUGCUCUACGCCCAGAUCGACGCCGUGUACGCGGCCAUGAAGGCCAUGGGCCACACGGACCUCACCGUCAGGAUCUCCGAGACCGGGUGGCCGUCCAAGGGGGACGACGACGAGGUGGGCGCCACCGUGGCCAACGCCGCGGCCUACAACGGGAACCUCAUGAAGAGGAUCGCCAUGGGCCAGGGCACGCCGCUCAAGCCACGCGUCCCCGUCGACGUGUUCGUCUUCGCGCUCUUCAACGAGGACAUGAAGCCCGGCCCGACGUCGGAGAGGAACUACGGCUUGUUUUACCCCAACGGCACCCAGGUGUACAACCUCGGGUUCGACGGAGCGGCAUUCAGCCCAUCAUCGCCGACGUACUCCUCUUCUUCCAAGCUGCCGGCGAUUACAUUUCAGAUGGCGGUGGUUGUCCUACUCGCUGGCUUCUUCCUAUGACCAUCCUAGCUACACAGUACCGUUUAUCAAGAUUUUUUGUGCCCUUUAUCAGUUGAUUGGAUUGUAAGGUUGUAAAGUUUUCUAGAUGCAGAGAGCCGCUGCAAAGUUUUGAAAGCAUGAGUUGAAUUGGAAUAGAAUGUAGAAGUGCCCAGAUUAGUUCUCUAGAUGAAGCGAGCUGCGAGCAUGUGACUGAAUUGAUCGUCGGGUGUUUGUUUUGUUUUGUUCUUUCGCUAUAUUAAUAAAGUCCAUCAGAUUUCUCAGUGUCCUUUUUGUUCGGUGUCAGUUGUGCUCAUGCCAAAGUUUUUGUGGCUCCAGUUAGUUGUCAAACAACAUUUUACAAAUCAA